AUGUUCUCCGUACUACUUGAUGCGGCCAAAGAGGCUGAUAGCAAAGAUAUAGGCUCUGUUUUAAGAGAGUUGAGUCGCCUCAAAAGAAGGAAAGAAGGCAUUGAAGAUUUCAAGAAACAACUCAUAAAAAUAGUUAAUAAAAUAAGGAAUGGCCAAAACAUUUAUAUUAUGGUAGACGAUUUAGAUAUGUGCCGCCCUAAGUUCAUUGUAGAUUUUUUAGAAUCCAUAAAGUAUAUACUUAAUAUAGAAGGAUUUGUUUUCAUUAUCUCUGUCAAUAGAGAUAAAAAUAAUGUGCAAAAAGCUAUCAACACAAUACUAGGAUCAAACUUUGAACUAAAGCAUUUUACGGAUUUAUCUUUAUCCUUGUCGAAACAAUCAAUAGAAGUAUUCACCAGAGAAUUAUUGAAUGACGUAAAAUUAACCAAGAAAUCAAAGGAUUUAGUGAUAGAUAGCUUUAUAUUUUACGCAAAAAGUCUAUCAUUAUCAUUAAAAGUAAUUGAAUACUGCAUAAAAAAAAUAAAAUUCAGUUGCGGUAAAGAGGAAUUACCGCAGCCAAAUUUGUUUUCAUUUUUGGUGAUACUACAAUCUAUCAAUAAUAGUUUAUAUGAGGAUUUGCAAAAAGAGACUCUAGAAAAAAUUGAAAGUGCAUAUAAGCCAGCAAUGUUAAAUUAUCCAAAUGGUCAAAAAGAAUGGGAAAAACUUAAAAUUUCUCUAGAAGCUGCUUUAAAAGAAAAGGAGUUAAAAACUAUCAAGCAAAUAAAGAAUAUGUUAUUUUAG